AUGAGGACUAUCUCACAGGGCAUUGUAUGGCUCUGUCUUUGCCUGACCCUGACUGCUUGGUCUUUGAGUGGACGUCAAAUAGAGACAGAUGGUGUAGAGGGAACUAAAGAGGUCAGAGGAGAGAAUCUGCUCAAAAGAGUGAGACGAGGCUGGAUGUGGAACCAGUUUUCCCUCCAGGAGGAGUAUACAGGAAGCGGCUACCAGUACAUUGGCAAGCUCCAGUCGGAUCAGGACUACGGAAAUGGCUUAGUCAAGUACGUUCUGUCUGGCGAAGGGGCCGGCACCAUCUUUGUCAUCGAUGAGAACAUCGGGGACCUGCACGCCACUCGCCGCCUGGAUCGUGAGGAGAAGGCUUUUUAUAUCCUCAGAGCCACAGUGGUCAACAAACAGACAGGUCAAAAGCUGGAGCCAGAGACUGAGUUCACUGUCAAACUCCACGACAUCAAUGAUAACGAGCCUAAGUUCAACAAAGAAGUUUACACCAGCAGUGUGCCUGAGCGGUCUGUUAUUGGUACAUCAGUGAUCCAAGUAACAGCUACAGAUGCUGAUGAUAGUAUGUAUGGGAGUAGUGCAAAACUGGUCUACAGCAUCAGCCAGGGACACCCGUACUUCUCUGUGGACCCAAACACAGGUGUGAUCCGGACAGCUUUGGGUCCUGGGGACAUGGACCGCGAGCAGAGGGAGCACUAUCAGGUGGUGAUUGAAGCUAAAGAUAUGGCUGGACAGAGAGGAGGGCUCACUGGAACCACCAUGGUUAACAUAACCCUCACUGAUGUCAACGACAACCCUCCCCGCUUCACUCAGAGUAUUCACCAGUUCAUAGUUACUGAGUCGUCCAAGUCUGGCACUCCAGUUGGGAGGGUUCUAGCCACUGACAGAGACAUCGGGAAGAACGCUGAGAUGUACUUCACCAUCGUUAGUGGAGACGGCAUGGAUAUGUUCGACAUCUCCACUGACAAAGACACACAGGAGGGAGUCAUCACUGUCGGCAAGCCUUUGGAUUUUGAGAAAAAGCCGUCAUACACAGUAGAGAUCCAGGUGGAGAACACACAGCUGGACCCUCGUUUUAUAUCUGGUUCCAAGGACAUGGCCACGGUCCGGAUUGCUGUGGACGACGUGGAUGAGCCUCCGCUGUUCGACAAAGCCAGCUAUCUGAUGGAGGUGAAGGAAGACUCUGCAGUUGGGGUGGCCGUGGGCUCAGUCAGUGCCAUGGACCCCGAUAAAGCUCGCAGCAUGGUCAAGUACUCUAUCGACCGUCGCACCGACAUGGACCGCCUGUUCAACGUACACCCAGGGAAUGGAUCUGUGUUUCUGCUCAAAGGCCUGGACAGAGAGGAGACUGCCUGGCAUAAUAUUUCAAUCAUUGCUACCGAGUUCAAUAAUCCCCGUCAGAGCAGCCAUGUUCCGGUUUACAUCCGCCUGCUGGAUAUCAACGACAACGCUCCCACCUUCGCCUCUGUGUAUGAAACCUUUGUCUGUGAGAGGACUAAGGCUGGUCAGCGUAUCCAGACAGUGAGUGCUGUUGAUGCCGAUGAGCCGUCAGCGGGACACAAGUUCUUCUUCAGCCUGGCUCCUGAGGGGUCCCACCACAGCAACUUCACUGUCCGAGACAAUGGAGAUAACACUGCUGGCAUCCUGACACGACGAGCCAGCUACAGCCGCCUUGAUCAGAGCGUCUACCUGGUUCCCGUGGUGAUCACAGACGGCGACGACCCAAUGCAGAGCAGUACCGGUACUCUUACUGUGAGGGUGUGCACCUGCGACCGUGAAGGCAACAUGGAACUGUGUAGCGCAGAGGCUCUUAGCAGCUCUCCUGGUCUCAGCACUGGAGCUCUUAUCGCUAUCCUCCUGUGUGCCAUCAUACUACUGAUGAUCGUGGUUAUGUUCACAUCUUUAAAAGGACAAAGGAAGCAGGAGCCGCUCAUCAUUUCCAAGGAGGAUGUGCGGGACAACGUGGUGAGCUACAAUGACGAGGGCGGAGGAGAGGAGGACACCCAGGCUUUUGACAUUGGAGCACUGCAACACCAGGUCACUGCUGCCAAUUUAGAGGAGUCCGCCAAUCAGAGGCGUGACAUCAUCCCUACUGACACCCUGCUGUAUCCACAACACCGCAGACUUACCCCUGCCUUGUCUGGCCUCAUCAUACCGCCAGUCAGCAUGGCUUCACGGGAUAACGGUGAGGUACUCAAGUUUAUAAAUCAGAAAGUGCUUGAGAACGACUGUAACCCGACAGCACCACCGUACGACUCACUGGCCACCUUUGCCUACGAGGGCGCAGGCUCAAUGGCAGAGUCACUGAGCUCACUGGGCUCAGUGUCAUCCGAGGCUGAGCAGGACUACCACUACCUGAGUGACUGGGGUCCUAGGUUCAGGAAACUAGCUGACCUGUAUGGUGCUGAGGACUGUGACUUCUCUUAA